CACAGCCAUGUUUCAUGACGUCACCGUGUUUUGAGAAACACAGCAUGUCGGAAUACAUUUUCGGGAUUUGCUCUAAAACCUUAUAAACUUAUGUUUAUGCCAUCCAUGCCACGGUUUAGCGUAAAGUAGAUGAUUUAUUGGUGUGUUGUAAGGUGGUUGAAUAGGUUAUAAUACAGUCCUACCAUUACACGCGUGUGAAAGUUACUGCUAUAAUCAAAAGUAAGGUGGAUUUCAGGCAUGGGGCGUAAAAAACAGGGUAAAUGUGAGCGACCCGUUCACAAGGGCAAAGACACACGACACAGGAUGAAGGGGAAAUCAUUAGAAACUUUCACAGAGGAGAUGCAUGAGGCUCUGCAAGCUAGUGAGGAUGUGGAUUCAGAGGCCGCAGGAGGUGUGAAGUUGCCCUGUCAGCUGGCCAUGUGGGAUCUGGGUCACUGUGACCCGAAACGGUGUACAGGGCGGAAGCUGGCCAGGAAAGGUUUAGUGCGCUGCCUGCGAAACAACCACCUCAACAAUCUAAUAAUCAUCACAACAAUAAUAAAAAAAUAUUACACACCCACACACAUGGAGAUUGUGGCACAGGGUGGUCUAGCCGUGAUUGACUGUUCAUGGGCGCGACUUGAAGACACGCCUUUCAGCAAAAUGAUUGGUUCUCAUCCGAGGCUUUUGCCGUUCUUGGUCGCAGCAAAUCCUGUAAACUACGGAAAGCCAUGCAAGCUGUCCUGCGUCGAGGCUUAUGCUGCCACCUUCUGUAUUGUGGGAUUUCGUGACCUUGCUGUGCUCCUGCUGAGGAAGUUUAAGUGGGGUUUGGGAUUUUUGGAGCUGAAUAAGACUCUUCUAGAGCGUUAUGCAUCCAGCCAAUCAGAAGAGGAACUACUGGCUGUGGAGAAAGAGUUUCUCAGUGCCGCCCCUAAGGAAGAGGAAAUAGAUCCUUUCGAUGUGGACUCAGGAAGAGACUUUGUAAAUCCCAACAGACCAGUCCAGGCUGAGGACGAUGACAGUGAUGAGACAUCAGAGGAGGAAGAUAAUGGUGAGGAGGAAGAACAGAAGAGUAAAGAGGAAGAUGAUGCAAGUGAUGAGGCGUCUUGAGUUGUGUAAUCUUAAAAUGAAACAUUUGGGGAAGAAGGGCGUUCAGUGACUGAUUUACUAACAUUAACCUUCACUUGACAUGAGCAAACUUCUGUUUUCUCAGUGUUUGCAGAUGGUUGCAGAUAUGGAACUAGUAAGUUAACAAAACCAGAGUAAACAGUUACUGUUGUCAUGAUUUCAGUAAGCAGCUUCCCAAAAUACUUUUUACAACAUGCAAAAUGUACUAUUUGUUCACGAGAAGAAUCUUCUCAAACUGUAAUAACAUUUAUUAUUGGGAAAAAUGUUAACUGUUGUUUAUAAACAGACUGAAAUGUUUAAAUAAAUAUUUAAAUGGCA